GUGCUGUGGUCUGGGAUAAAAGAUCUCAAUGCCCUUAGAGGGCUCCUUCCUGCCUCCUCUCAUCUGAUCUUAAUCUCCUCUGAAGUGAUCUGAUACCUGUUUUCCUCCCCACUAGAUUUCCACAUUUUCCCUUCUCCCUACUCAGGGCGGCUGUUCCUCAUAGUUUCAGUAGCAGAAGCAGCAGCAACCACUCCUACUGGAGGUGGAAGGGAGGGAAGGGUUAGGGGCAGGUCCAGUUUUUCCUGGUAGUGGGAGGGAAGGAACGAGAGAGGAGGGGUGAUCCUGGCCCUAACUGUGAGUUGCUUCUCCUCAGUGGUCAGGCAGGCUCAUGCACAGACACACUUUGCUCUGAGCUAGCUCUCUCUCUCUCUCACUCACUCUCACCCUGUCUUUCUCUCUCACUCUCCCACUUCCCCUUUCUCUGGGUUGUUUGUGUUACUUCAUCUUUGUCUAAUGUGUGAGAGCAGAACUUAGGGAAUCUUUCCUGCUGCUGCUGUGGAUCUGUCUUUCUCCGCUCCCCCCAACCCCCUGCCCACACACACAUCUAGAUUUCAGCCUUAGUGUGGCAGGAGGUAACCAUGAAUCAGGAAACAGGGGUUUCGCUGAAGUGCUGUCUUGAGCCUGCAAUGAUGAGGACUUGGAUCGAGCCCGUGGUGGCCGCAGCUCAAGCGGCUGCCUCUUUCUAUGACACGGGGCUGCUGUUGGUGGUGAGGAAUUAUUACAACCAGUCGAGCUCCAACCAGACCGGCAUCUCCACCUCAAGGGGCAUCCGUGAAGAUGUCCAGCAGAAAGCCAUCUCCAACUUCUACAUCAUCUACAACCUGGUGAUGGGCCUGACCCCCUUGCUGUCCGCGUAUGGGCUGGGGUGGCUAAGCGACAGGCACAACAGGAAGAUCUCCAUCUGCGUUUCCCUCCUGGGCUAUCUGCUCUGCCGUCUGCUACUGCUCCUCCAGAUCCUGCUGGACUGGCCCGUGGAGGUGAUGUACGGGGCCGCGGCCGUGGCAGGGCUGUUGGGGGGCUUCUCUGCCUUCUGGUCUGGGGUCAUGGCGCUGGGGUCGCUGAGCUCCUCUGAGGGCCGCCGCUCUGUCCGGCUCAUCGUCAUUGACCUGAUCCUGGGUCUGGCAGGCUUCUUUGGCAGUAUUGCAUCAGGCCACCUCUUCAGUCUCUUUCCCGUGGGCCACAACCAAGGCACAGUGCUGGCGGCCUCCAGCGUGGGUUGUGCCGCCUUCGCCCUCCUCUACAGCCUCUUUGUGCUGAAAGUCCCUGUGCCAGAGGCCAAGCCCUGCCGAGCCAACAUAGUGGACACGGUGGCUGGCACUGUUGGCACCUACCGCACCCUUGAUCCAGAUCAGCCUCCAAAGCAGGGAGCAGCGAGGGGAGAUUCUCCCACUGAGAAGGCACUCCAAAAACCCAUCAUAGCCCUGCUCUUCAUGGGGGCCAUCUUGUACGACCUGGCAGUGGUUGGCGCAGUGGACGUGAUGCCCCUGUUUGUGCUGAGAGAACCUUUGAGCUGGAACCAUGUGCAGGUGGGCUAUGGCAUGGCGGCCGGCUACACCAUCUUCAUCACCAGUUUCCUGGGGGUGCUCGUGUUCUCCCGCUGCUUCCGGGACACUACCAUGAUAGUGAUUGGGAUGGUGUCCUUUGGGACCGGCUCCCUCCUCAUGACCUUCGUCAAAGAGACCUACAUGUUCUACACCGCUCGUGCUGUUAUGCUGUUUGCUCUCAUCCCCAUAACGACAAUUAGGUCUGCAUUAUCCAAAGUAGUAAAAGGAUCGGCCUAUGGAAAAGUAUUUGUGAUAUUGCAGCUCUCAUUGGUAUUGACGGGCGUGGUCACUUCCACAGUGUUCAAUGAGAUCUAUCAGCUCACCAUGGACAAGUUUGUUGGGACUUGCUUUGCCCUGUCUUCUGUCAUUGGAUUCCUGGCUAUCAUUCCCAUCGGAAUUGUGGCCUACAAGCAAGCCUCCUGGCCUGGUUAUUGAGAGAUCCCAGGAAAUGAGUGCAUUUCCAGGUGAAAGAUGUGGCUGCUGGUAAUCUACACAGACUGGAGAAUCCUUGGAAAAGAACAGAAUGAGCCCAGGGCCCUGGAAAUGAAUGGCCUAGUGCCUCAAGAAAGUAAAGUUCAGCUCGGCCCUGGACCACAGGAGGAAAAGGACUGUCCUGUGAAGCUGUGGUUACGCACUUCAUUGUUGGAGGCACUAGAUUUGAAAUGUACUGCAUGGAAGGUAUCUACCAAACCUGGAGAGUAACAGAAAUUCACUUCCCUAGGAAGGGUACAUGAUUGUUUAGAGCACAGAGUAGAAUCUCUCAACUUUCCAGAUUGCCUCAGACUGUGGCUGGAAGCACACACUCCUCACUGCCAGUUAAAAAAUCUUUGAUGCACUAAAGUAUAACCCCAUACAUGUUUAAUCUGCUUAACAUACUGUCCAGGCUGCACUUGAAAUGCCAAAUGCUAUGGUCUAAACAGGGAAGGGAAAAGGGAGGCUGGGUGUUGUGGGGAGGUGAGGGGGAUUAUAAAUCCUGACUA